AUGUACUUUCAUUCAUUUAUUAUCUCAUCAUUGAUAACUUCAGCCUUUGCUAAUCCAAUCAAGAAAUGUGGUUUUCCUCAGGACGAAGAUAUUACUAACGUCGGGGCCAAUGGUUGGGCAAUGAGUCCAGAUGAACCAUGUACACCAGGAAAAUUUUGUCCCUUCGCUUGUCCUCCAGGAAAGUUAAUGAACCAGUGGGACCCUGAAGCUGUAUCAUAUACAUUUCCAAAAUCCAUGAAUGGAGGUUUGUAUUGUAAUGAAGAUGGUACCACUUCAAAACCAUUUAUUGGAAGGUCUUUGUGUAUUGAUGGUGUGGGUACUGUAUCUGUUGUUAACAAAGCUAGCGAUGUUGUUUCCUUUUGUCAAACAGUUUUGCCAGGAAAUGAGGCAAUGUUAAUCCCUACAGAAGUUGGGGAUGGUGAUGAACAAGUGCUUGCUGUCCCUGGUCCUGGGUAUUGGGCAGGAACAGCAGCCCAUUAUUAUGUCAAUCUACCUGGUGUUUCCAGCAAAGAUGCUUGUGUAUGGGGCACUCCAGAAAAGGCUAUUGGGAACUGGUCUCCAUAUGUAGCCGGUAUGAACCAGGAUAGUAACGGUAAUACAUUUGUAACUAUUGGCUACAAUCCAAAGUAUAUUGAUGAUUUUUCAGGAAACAUACCUAACUUUGGAAUCAGAAUUGUUUGUGACAACCCAGAUGAAUGCAAUGGUUUAGAAUGUGAAAUUAAUCCAAGACAAGGAUUUAAUAAGGCAAUGGGUCCAGCAUCUGGAAAUUCUCUUGGUGCUGAUUACUGUAUUGUUACAGCCAAAAAUCACGCCCACGCAAGAAUUGAAGUUUUCCAAUGA